CCUUCACCUUGCCAUCUCUCCACAUAACCCACCCAUGUCACUCCUCACACGUAUUCCUCACGGCCGUAUCCCCCAAGCCGUACUCAGAAGGGCCUACGCUACGGUCGCUGAUGUUUCCGGUGUCAAAGUUGCAGGCAUAGAGACCGGUCAACCCGCAGCGACGACCAGUCUUACCGUCGUGGUAAAAGCCGGAAGUCGGUAUGAGACCAAACCAGGCGUGGCUCAUGCGUUGAAAAGCUUUGCUUACAAGUCCACAUCAGCUGGAUCGGCUCUGAAGACGACGAGAGAGACGGAAUUGUACGGAGGUGUCUUGUCCGCUACGUUGGGAAGGGAACAUUUGUAUCUCACCGCCGAGUUUUUACGGGGAGAUGAAGCACACUUCCUCUCUUUGCUCGCUUCUGUCCUCUCAUCAACACAUUUCUACCCUCACGAAUAUGCCGAGCUCGUUCUGCCUACCCUUGAAGCUGAAACCUUAUCUGCCAUUUCCUCUCCCACCACUCUUGCUCUAGACCUCGCUCACCAGCUCGCCUUUCGUCAUGGACUAGGCAACUCGCUUUUCGCAUCACCCCAUUCACCGGUCUCAGUCACCGACGUCAAAUCAUUCGCCCAACAAGCUUUUGCAAAGUCCAACAUUGCCGUCCUUGGUUCUGGUAUCUCCACCGACGCUCUCUCCAAAGCCGUACAAAAAGCUUUUGGCUCUGGUUCAGCUUCAGGUUCCAGCACUCUUGCACCUGGUUCGACAAAGUACUUUGGAGGAGAACAACGUGUACCUCUCGAUCUUCACGCCAACCCUGCCGCACAACCUACCAUGAUCAUCGCUUAUGGCUCGACUUCAGCUCCUUCCCCUGAACUCAAAGUCCUGCCCCAUCUCCUGGGCGGCGUAUCCUCUGUCAAAUGGUGUGACGGCGCAUCUCCUCUGUCACAGGCUGCCGCCAAAGUUCCCGGAGCCAGUGCCGAGGCCAUUCUCCUGCCAUACUCAGAUGCGUCUCUGUUUGGUGUUAUCAUCUCGGCACCUACGAGUGAGGGUGUAGCGAUGGUCGCGAAAGAUGUGGCAGUGGCUCUCAAAGCUGCAGGCAAGGGUGUGAAGGAUGAUGAGGUUAAGCGGGCGAUCGCCAAGGCAAAGUUUGCAGAUGCCACCGCGUCGGAACGAGUCGCUAGCCUGAUCUCGACUGCUGGGCCUGCGCUCUUUUCUUCUGGUGGUGUGGCGGCUCCAGACGCUUCCUUUUCCGCACUGCAAAAAGUAUCCCCGACCGCUCUUGUCAAGGCCGCGAAAGAACUGUUCCAGCCCAAACCUACUAUUGUAGCUGUCGGAAACUUGUCUGUUCUUCCUUUCGGGGAUGAGCUGGGGCUCUGAGAUAGAUUGGCAUUCCGAAGCAUGCAAAAAUGCACAUGAACAUACGAGCUGUUCGUAAGG